AUGUCCUAUCCAGGCUAUCCCCCCACGGGCUACCCGCCUUUCCCUGGAUAUCCCCCUGCGGGCCAGGAGUCCUCGUUCCCCGCUCCCGGGCAGUACCCUUAUCCCAGCGGCUUUCCGCCCAUGGGAGGGGGAGCCUACCCGGCCGCGCCUGGCGGGGGCUACCCCGGAGCCGGCGGCUACCCCGCGCCCGGCGGCUACCCGGCCCCCGGCGGCUACGCUGGCGCCCCGCAGCCUGGAGGGCCCCCGUCCUACCCAGCAGUUCCGCCAGGCCAAGGAUUUGGAGCGCCCCCCGGGGGAGCAGGCUACCCUGGCUACGGUCAGCCUUUUGGAGGCGUCCCGGCACAGGGCCCGCUGCCCGGUGGCUUUCCCGGAGGACAGGUGCCUUCUCAGUAUCCCGGAGGACAAGCGCCUUACUCUUCCCAGCCCGCCGCCAUGACUCAGGGAACUCAAGGAACCAUUCGGCCAGCUGCCAACUUCGAUGCCAUGAGAGAUGCGGAAAUUCUUCGUAAAGCAAUGAAGGGUUUUGGGACAGACGAGCAGGCAAUUGUGGAUGUCGUGUCCACCCGUUCCAAUGAUCAAAGGCAAAAGAUCAAAGCGGCUUUUAAGACCAUGUACGGAAAGGAUUUAAUCAAAGAUCUCAAAUCAGAGUUAAGUGGAAAUAUGGAAGAACUGAUCCUUGCCCUGUUCAUGCCAACUACAUAUUAUGAUGCCUGGAGUUUACGGAAUGCAAUGAAGGGAGCAGGAACUCAGGAACGUGUACUGAUUGAAAUUUUGUGCACAAGAAGUAAUCGGGAAAUCCAAGAUAUUGUCAGGUGUUAUCAGUCGGAAUUUGGGCGAGACCUUGAGAAGGACAUUAGGUCGGAUACGUCGGGGCAUUUUGAGCGUUUGCUUGUGUCCAUGUGCCAGGGGAACCGGGAUGAGAACCAGAACGUUAACCACCAGAUGGCUCAGGAGGAUGCUCAGCGUCUCUAUCAGGCUGGCGAGGGGAAGCUGGGCACAGAUGAGUCUUGCUUCAACAUGAUUCUCGCCACAAGAAGCUUUCCUCAGCUGAGAGCUACCAUGGAAGCUUAUUCCAGGGUGGCUAAUCGAGACUUGUUAAGCAGUGUCGGUCGCGAGUUCUCCGGAAAUGUUGAAAGCGGUCUGAAGGCCAUCUUGCAGUGCGCCCUCAACCGCCAGGCCUUCUUCGCUGAGAGGCUCUACUGCUCCAUGAAGGGCGCCGGCACGGACGACUCCACGCUGGUCCGGAUCGUGGUCACGCGCAGCGAGAUUGAUCUCGUACAAAUAAAACAGAUGUUCAGUCAGAUGUAUCAGAAGACCCUGGGCACCAUGAUCGCAAGUGACACGAGCGGAGAUUACCGGAGGCUGCUGCUAGCCAUUGUGGGCCAGUAG